UAUAUAUAUAUAUAUAUAUAUAUAUAUAUAUUAAAAUGUCGAGAGAGUCCGGUAGAAGGUCCGUGGAUAUGGGCGCCGUGAACCGAAGUUCGAGUAGAGGCAAAGCAAAAGUCACCUCCGACGGUUCGACCUCACGCGUUUCUCGAGGAAGACACUCCGUCUCUUCCUUUCCUACUAUCCCCGAUCACUUAAUCGGGGACGCUAUGAUGGAUGAAGAAUUCGACCAGAUUUAUUCUGGUAGAGGGGACGCAAAUCUCCCCACUCUUGAUAGUGUAUUCAAAGAUAUUGAUGAAGCAAAUCUGGAUAAUCUGGACAGGGACGAUGAGCCUACACCGCAGAGCAACGACGUCGACGUGGAGGCAGGUGAGCCCGCGACCUCUCGAGGUCCGGAUAAAGGUAAAAAAUUAUAAAUCAGAGUUAUUUGUUUAUCAUUUUGACAAAGAAACAAAAGAUGGCGUAGUUUAUGGAACUUGUAAACAUUGUGGGACCGUCAUAAAAAUGGGAGUCUCCGGCGGUUAUGGCGGUCCGGAAAAACACCUAAGGUCGAGGCAUCCCGUGGAGUUUGCCAAAUACGAGGCAAAAAAGAAGGGACAACAAGAAGUGCAAACCCAAAUUUCUCGGUUUGCUAACAGAGGGACUAGAAGCUAUGGGCGGAGUUUUGAAGAAUAUUAAAGAAGGAAUUAAAAGAAUUUGGGGGGCUCGUCUUGUUUCGAAAAAAUGGAAGAUUUUCUGUAAGUCUAAAGGUAGAAAAGAAAUAGUUUUUGCAAAAGAUAUCCACAUUAGAUGGAAUAGUACAUACAAAUUGAUUCAUCAGAUUCUAAAAUAUAAAGAGGAACUUGCUGAAUUUUUUAGUGAUGAACUUCGUAUAAUCAUUGAUCCUUUUGAAUUUGUACUUGUUGAAAAAUUGAAUGCCGUAUUAGAAGUUUUUAAUAACGCAACUCUUACUUUUUCUCAUGUUUACCAACCAACUACAAAUACAUUUUUAAAAGAGUGCGUUACAAUCGCAACAUGUUUUCGUGAAAGUAAGGCUGAUCCAGAUUUGUACCCAUAUGUCUCUCCUAUGAUACAAAAAUGGUGUUCUUAUUAUUUGUACAUUCCUGAUAUUUAUAAAAUAGGUAUUAUUUGUGAUCCACGCUUUAAAAUUGAAAAUUAUAAAAUUUUAAUUGAUUAUUACUACAAGUGUUUUUUAGAUGAAAAUNUGCUUGUCUUGUUGUGUUGGUUGGGGACAUUACAUUAAUCUCAUUUUUUUUGUCCCUAAGCAAUUUCCUAGCAUUUUCUCAAUACAUUGUAUUAUAUAUAAUGUGAGUAUCCCUCCCCAUUUGAGUAGUGUAAUUUUCGGCCAUCACAAAGAAGAGAGAAGAAAAUUAUAUUUUGUGUUCAAAGUUAUUUUUCUAAAGUGUUAGAAAUAUACACAAAAUAUUAUAAAGAAAUAUUUAUAAGAUAAAUAUUUUACUAUAUAUUUAUUACUCCCAAAGUAGUAUUAUUAUAGUUUUUACUAUCCUACAUUAAACUUGCUAGCACAAGUUUAAUCUUGGACUCCGGAGCAAGUUCGUGUGGAUACGUUGGAGGCUUCAUACGUUUGGCGCUACGUUCAUCUCCUCAAAACCAUCCCCGACCGUUCCUCCGUUCUCCGUUUUCACCGUUAAGGUAAAUUUCUUACU